AAUGUUAGUCAGAGAGGGAAUGAUACAGAAGUUAGACACACAUUUGCACUGCACUUUAACGGCAGCCAGGCUUGCUGAUAGUUCAUUUGGCAUCAUGGCAGAGCUCAGUUUCAAUGUGGAUCAUGGCUAUCUGGAGGGUCUGGUUCGAGGAAUGAAGGCCGGGAUUCUGACCUGCGGUGACUAUCACAAUCUGGCCCAGUGUGACUCACUUGAGGACAUGAAACUACACCUGCAGAGCACAGACUACGGAAAGCUGCUGUCCUCAUCUGAAGAGGACCUGACUGUGUCUUUGGUGGACAGCAAACUGAGGCAGAACCUGGUGACUGAAUUCAGCUGCCUUCGCUCCAACGCCCUGCCUCCACUAUCAGCCUUCCUUGACUAUAUAACCUACAGCUACAUGAUCGACAAUGUGGUGAUGUUGAUUACCGGGGCCCUGAAACAGAGAGACGUGGCAGAGCUCCUCCCGCGGUGUCACCCACUGGGAGCUUUUGACCAAAUGGCAGCUGUGGGCAUCGCUCAUACCCCGACUGAGCUCUACUCAGCCAUCCUGGUGGACACACCACUAGCUCAGUUUUUCCAGGAUGCUGUAUCUGAGUCCAACCUGGAUGAGAUGGAAGCAGAAAUCCUUAGGAACAAACUGUAUAAGGCAUAUUUAGAGUCUUUCCACUCUUUCUGCAAGAACAUUGGUGGUGCCACAAAAGAUGUAAUGUGUCCUGUCCUGGAGUUUGAGGCAGACAGGCGGGCCUUCAUCAUCACAGUGAACUCCUUCGGGACAGAUCUCAGCAGUGCAGACAGGAGUGCACUGUAUCCAUCUUGUGGCAAACUUUACCCUGAAGGGCUGCGACUGCUGGCCAAGGCAGACGACCACGAGCAGGUCAAAGCUGUGGCCGACUGUUACCCAGUGUACAAAAUAAUUUUUGAUGACCCUGAGCCAGGAUCAGAUUUUAAGACUCUGGAGGACAGAUUCUUUGAACAAGAGGUGAAGCUGAACACACUUGCACUCCUGCAGCAAUUCCACUUCGGAGUAUUUUACUCCUACAUCAAACUGAAGGAGCAGGAGAGUCGCAACAUUGUCUGGAUCUCUGAGUGUGUCACACAGAGACAGAAGUCCAAGAUACACAACUACAUACCCAUCUUCCAGGGAACAAAUAAAUGAGCAAUAAAGAGAAAUACAUACAUGUAAAAA